AUGGCUUCCACAAGCAACAUGACUGAAAUCAUUUUCUUGGGAUUUUCCCAGAACCAGGAUGUACAGAAAGUCACUUCUGUGACGUUUCUCCUCAUGUACUCAGCCAUUGUGCUGGGCAAUGGUCUCAUUGUGGUGGCCAUCAUGGCCAGCAAAGGGCUGUCCUCCCCCAUGUAUUUCUUCCUCAGCUACUUGUCUUUUGUGGAGGUCUGUUACUGUUCUGUCACGGCCCCCAAGUUCAUCUUUGACACUUUUAUUGAGAAGAAAGUCAUUUCCCUCAAGGCCUGCAUCACACAGAUAUUUUUCCUCCAUUUCUUUGGUGCCGAGAUCUUUCUCCUGACAGUCAUGGCCUAUGACUGCUACGUGGCCAUCUGCAAACCCUUGCACUACACCGCCAUCAUGAACCAAUGACUGCGUGGCCUCCUGGUGGGCGUGGCAUGGGGUGGAGUCCUGCUGCAUUCUGUUGGGCAAACCUUCCUCAUUUUCCAGCUGCCCUUCUGUGGCAACAUCAUUGACCACUACUUCUGUGAUGUCCACCCGGAGCCGAAACUUGCCUGCGCAGACACCUUCCUCAUUGGCCUGCUAAUUAUCAUCAAUGGCAGCUCCAUCUUGGUGAUCAGCUUCUCCGUGCUGCUGGCUUCCUACCUGGUCAUCCUACACUCCCUGAGGAGCCACAACUUGGAGGGGUGACACAAGGCCCUCUCCACCUGUGCCUCUCACAUUACAGUGGUGGUGGGCCUGUUCUUCACACCCUGCUCCUUUGUCUACAUGAGGCCCUGAGCCACCCUCCCUGCAGACAAUAUCGUUGCUGUAUUUUACAUGGUGGUCACACCUCUCUUAAACCCUGUCAUUUACUCCUUCAGAAAUGCCGAGGUAAAAUACUCCAUGAGGAGACUCAUGGGGAGGAAAGUAAUUUGGGAAGAUAAAUAG